CUCAGUAAGACAGAUUCGACGGGACGCAGGGGAACGAUUAAUUUAAAAUAGCUGGUAAAAUGGAUGAAUACCAGUAUCCGCUGUUUUUUGAGGCCAGAGAUCUGACAGAUCGAGAAAAGGAAAAGGUCAGGAGACACUUUCAGAAAAGAAGAGACUCUGGGGGAGGUGAUUGUGCAAUAAUAGAGAAGAUUGGAGACAAAACGUAUAAAAUCUGUUUCAGAGAAAGUGAAACUCAGGAAAGAGUUUUGCAGAGAAAGAAUCACACCAUCUCUCUUCCUGGUGGGGAGUUGUGUCUGACCGUGAGUCGAACUAUUUUGCCACAGGCCUCAGAUCAGCCUGCAACAAGUCAGCCACAGACACUUACAAAAGGAAAUACAAAAGGUCUUGAGAAGGUUUUCAAAAUAGACAUCUUCCUUAUGUACUACAUGAGAGACAACCCUAAAAUAUUCAAAAUAUUACACAAGCAGCUCUCCUCAAUCGGCUGCACGCUGGAAUUAGACUUUGAUGAAGAGGAGGCAGUAGUGAGGGGAGAUAUUGAGAAGGGACCUGGUGGAGCUUUUGGUGGUGCAGCAGAGAAAUGGGAGCUACAGGUGGAUCAGAUCUUCAUCAGUUUCACUGAGACCUACAUCUGUUAUCAUGUGUUUGAAGCAAAGAAAAUUAAAAAGAUGCUGCAGGACCGCUCCUUUCUGACUGAUGACAUGAAAGUGUACACAGAGAGCGGUUAUGCUGUGGUGGUGGGAGAGGCUGAAGACGUAAAGAAGAAGAUUGCAAUCUUAGACAAGAGUCUUCCAGCCUGCAUGAAGCUACCAGUAGUAGAGAACCAGUUUAAACUGGUGGAAGAAGAGUUCAAUGGAGAAAUGGCUACACUUUAUCCAGAGGUCAAAAUCACUAGAGACAGUGCUAUGAUCGUCUUGGAGGGUCCUGAUCAGAAAGUGCAGUCAGGAGCUACAAAACUUAAUGAACUGGUCAAAAAGAUAAAAGAAAAGAAAGUUCAGCUUCCUUCACAUUUAUUAACCUUCAUUAGAACCAGUGGCGCCAUCACCAAGUACCAGCUUCGCUUCCAGCAGAGCCUCAGAAAUCCUGUUUCCCUGGAGGUGACAUCAGACCUGGUCCUGUCCAGUCUGUCCUCUGUAUCCCUGGAGGAGGUUGCGGCAGCAGUGCUGAGAGAGCUGAGAGUGGCUGAUGUAGAGCUGCAGGGUACUGCAGGUGCAGCUCCAGAUCUAAACCAAGUGAAGGAAAUCCUGAUCAAAGCCAAGAACCAGGCAAACCUUGUGGAGCACAGAGUGGAUGUCAGCUUCAUUCCUGGACCCAGUGGAGCUCCAGUAACUAAAGUACGACUGGUGGGCUAUACUGAACAUGUGAACAAGCUCAAAGAGCUUCUUCAUGACUACCUGAUGAAUCAGGUUUCAACCCAAGAAGUGUUGGACCUGCCACAUCCUGAGCUGGUUGACUGCUUUGAUAAAAUCUUAAACAUAAUUGGGAUGAAGCAGACUAAUGUGACACUGAGAGCCUCACAUCUUCCAUAUCCAUGUAUCCUCAUGUCUGGUCCCCGUUGUCAAGUUCAGGAGACCCGUCAAGCCCUCACAUCUACUUUAGCCAGUCUGACAUUAGAGACCUUGGUUCUAGACGGACCAGGAGCUCUGCGCUACUUUCAGGGAGAUGGUAAAGACAACAAAGAGCUGGUUGAGACUUCCUGUCAGGUCCUCAUCAAAGAAAAAGUGCAAAUCAAACCACGAGCAAGGAGCAGAUCCAUCAGCAGCAUCAGACCCACCUUUUCCAUUAACAGGCCUCGCUUUAGCACGGUUGGAAACAUCGCAGAUAAUGGGAUAAACCUAAAGAUCAAGAUCGGCAGUUUAGAAAAUGAGCAGGUCAACGUCUUGGUUGUCCCCAUGCUCAAAAAGCAGCUGACUUCUACAAAUAUCGGUGCAUCUCUGCUGAGCAAAGGAGGUAAUACACUCAAAUCAAAGUUUGACUUGGUGGUGGCGAAUUGUACCCUCGCCCCUGGUGGUGUUCUGCAGGUUGACGGGCCUCCAUCUCUGGGCUGCUCCAAGAUCUUCUUCAUAGAGUGCUUGCCUUGGGAUGGUGUCAGAGGAAACAGUGUGCAGGCUCUCAGUAACGGGCUGAAGAGAUGUUUGGACCUCUGUGUGCAGCUGAAAUUUAGUUCAGUGGCCAUUCCAGUUAUUGGACCUGGAGUUGUCUUAAACUACCCCCUGACAGAGGCCGUUCAAGUGCUGGUGGAGAACAUUCACCAGUUUGGACAAACUGCAUCCUCUGGAUCUCUCUCCACCAUCCACAUUGUCAUUAAACCUGGUUAUCCCAACUCUGAAGAGUGCUACCACGAAGUGUACAAACGUCUCAGCCUAAAUAGGAACCAGGGAGGUCAAGUGAUCUUCAAGUCCCUCACCAGUGAUCUCGAUGACGUCACCAUGACAGUGGGAGGUGGGGUCAAACUACAGGUGGUGUUUGGUGACAUCACUAAUGAGAAUACAGAUGCUGUGGUGAACACGACCGACUUCACCAAUUUUCACAAUGAUGGUGUAUGCAAAGAUAUUUUAACCAUAGCUGGACCAGAUGUUGAGGCGAAACUGAAAGCAGCAAAAGUGAACCGAGGAAAUGUUUUUGUAUCCCAGCCUGGAUUGUUCCCCUGUAAAGCCAUUUUACAUGUUUGUGGAGAAAAAGAUGCAAGUGUCAUUGAGGGACUUGUGCAUAAGAUCAUUGAUCAUUGUGAAAACUCUGGAUUUAGGUCUGUUGCAAUUCCUGCCAUUUGUGCUGGAUCUGGUGGUUUGGAGCCCAGUGUUGUAGCAGGUGCAAUUGUUCGAGGCAUCAAAGAUGCAACUUUCAACCUUCUUUCCAGCCUCACCGACAUCCGUCUUGUCCUGAUUAAGAUAAAUGUCUUCUUGGCUUUUAAAGAGGAAACAACCCAGAUGUUCCCCAUGUUUCUCACUGUAACCAACAGAGUGUCAGUGUUACAACCACCACCCCCAUCUCUUAAUACCGACCUUAGCCUUUUCCACACCAGUUCAGCAAAUCAAAACUCCACCUUCCUGUUUCUGGGUCUUUGUAGAAAGGAUGUUGAUGAUGCCAUGCAAAAGCUGGAGACUCAAUAUAACAAACAGUGCUCCACUCAUACCUUUGAAAAAGAGGAACUUGAGGGUCUCACUCAGGACGACUUCAGGGAUUUGAAUGAACUGGUAGAAAUUGAGGGUCUGUACAUGCAAAAGCACCCAUCUGGUAGCUUAACCGUGAAUGGGUUAAAAGAUGGGGUGAAACAGGUGAUAGUGAUGAUUAAGGAAUGCAUGCAUGACAACCUUAGGAGAGAGGUGAGAGUCAGGGAGGAGGAGGACUUAUUCACUCGUGUGAUGUGGUGCAUCCUGGGACAUAAUGGCAACUGGGAGAGACUUCCCAAAAUGGCCAAUUACAACUUGGAAAAGCAAGAUAUAGCAGCAGGAAUAGUGGACACACAAGGAGUCUCAUGGCAGGUGGAUCUACAGGCAAUGAAAGCAACAACACGACCGACUAGACAGAAGACCAGGCUGAAACGACUUGAGAAUCAACCAGACUUUACUCUCCCACUCUACUGGGACAACAUGGCUACCAGUGAGCCCACAAAAGUGUUACUACAGUCUUCUUCUGCAGAGUAUCGGACGAUUAAGGAGGCCUUCAAACGAACUGCUCCCAAGACUGUGAUGAAGAUUGAGCGUUUACAGAACAUUCAUCUGCGUCGUGCCUAUGAGGCACAGAAGAAGCACAUAUCUGAAAAGAACAAACUGGAGCGAGCCAGAGAAGGUGAAAAGCUACUAUACCAUGGUACAACAGAGGAAAACUGUGACGCCAUCAUGAAAACUGGGUUCAACAGGCGCUUUGCUGGACAAAAUGCAACAGUAUAUGGUUAUGGAACCUACUUUGCUGUUAACGCCAGCUACUCAGCCAACCCCACUUACUCCAAGCCCACCGCUGAUGGUUCUCAGUUAAUGUUUGUGGCUCGAGUUCUGACCGGUGUCUACACUCAGGGCAGCAGUACCAUGUCGGUGCCUCCAGCCCGAAACAGCCAGCAGUCCCAUGACCGUUACGACAGCGUGGUGGACAAAAUGGACAACCCCAACAUGUUUGUUGUGUUUCACGAUGACCAAGCUUACCCAGAUUACCUCAUCACUUUCAAGUAAACACUGGAGCGAAAUUAUGGAUUUUACAUUGUGAAAGUUUAAACAGAUAGAAAACACAGACAGUAAUAGCAAUGCCAAAAAUUUGCGCAUAAACUUGAGCUGUCUGAGUACCUGCAGAUUAAUUCCUUACUGGAAUCAGGAUGUUGUUUCAAUGCACUUUGAGGACAAUAGGAAACUCUUUCUUUUUACUUCAGAGUCUGUUUAUUUAUGUGCUUUGCUUAAAAAUUAAUUAUGUUUGAUUUUAUCUUUGUUUUAAUGUCAGAUAUUUUAUGCUAUGACAAUCUUUAAAGUCUGAGUAAAGCAGAAAUUAACAUACAUUUUAAGUUUGCCACAUAAUAUGUGUUAUUAACCAACCAGCCAAACAUGAAUGGUUAAAACAAUUGCCAAGUAUGUAAAUUAUUAUGUUUUAAAUUAAGAAACUGAUCUGUGCUCUGCUCAAAUCACACUAAUAUGGCACUGUGGAGUUAGUUCUAAGUUUAGCAAACUGAUUAGAAUCAAACCACAAAGUCCCUGCAUAUAUGCAGUAUAUCUUUCUUUCUAAAUAAGUUAACUGUUUUAACUAUUCAUCUUAGCAGCACUCACAUAAAGUGAGCAUGCUACGGGGGAGGGGAUGUCAGUGUUGCUAAUAUAAACUUUUACUGCACCGUGGGCAAAAUUGAUUAAACUGUUGAUGAUUAAACUGUUGAUGAACUGUUUAAUUGUCUAAUUUGUCUAAUUUAGUAAAUCAUUGUUCUUAAUGUUUUAAGCAUCUGUUGUGUAACAAAACAUUUACAUGCAAAUCUGCAUAUUUGCUUUUCUCAGGAUUAAAUAAAAUAAAAGUAAAAAUA